UGCAGACGUGAGAUCAGCCAUUUCAGCUUCAAAACACUUUACAUUGUUUAAUUAAUUAAUUAUAACGAUUCCGUGUCGCCAAUUAAAUUCUAAGCUAUCCUCUAAUAUCACGAUUGUACGCACUUUAACUUGUGAUUCAUCGUUCUGUCAUUUUCUUCUCAUAAUUCGUCAAUGUCAAUGCGUUCUGCAUUUGAGGUUUGAGGUGAGAAAAACACGUGUUUGAUAUGAUACUUCGCUUCUUUUGCAUCUACUCUUCAUAACCGAUGCAUUCUAUAAUCGAGAAAUGUGUUGUUCCAAGAAUGAGUGAUCACUUUUUCAUUUUGACGAGCUCGUCACUGGGUUUAACUUCGUUAAUGUCAGAUAACUAACAAGCACUCGUUUUACAAACAUAUAGUGUCACCUGUGUGUUUUAGGUUUGUAGACAGUAAUAUAAUAAAGAAGGAAAUGGCUCCUGUACCUUUAGAGGGUCAUCAGACCCCUGUGACCAACAAUAUACCACAGGAAGGGAACCGUGGAGGUUCCAUCUCCCUUGGCAUGCUCAUUGAUUUCAUCAUACAACGCACUUAUCACGAACUCACGGUCCUGGCUGAAUUAUUACCUAGGAAAACUGACAUGGAGCGAAAAAUAGAAAUCUAUAAUUUUUCAGCCAGAACGAGACAGUUGUAUGUACGCUUACUGGCCCUGGUUAAAUGGGCCAACAGUGCUUCCAAAGUUGACAAAUCCGCGCAUAUAAUGGCCUUCUUGGACAAGCAAUCGCUGCUUUUCGUCGAUACAGCUGAUAUGCUCGCGAGGAUGGCCCGUGAAACAUUGGUGCACGCUAGAUUACCUAAUUUUCACAUUCCUGCUGCAGUGGAAGUUCUGACGACUGGAACGUAUAGUCGUUUACCAGCGUGCAUAAGAGAAAGAAUUGUACCUCCGGACUCGAUCACGCCAGCAGAAAAAAGAAGCACGCUUCAGAGACUAAAUCAAGUUAUACAACAUAGAUUAGUAACUGGGAAUUUGCUUCCACAGAUGCGUAAUUUAAAGAUCGAGGCAGGAAGAGUAACGUUCCUCGUGGAACAAGAAUUCUCAGUGUCUCUUACAGUAAUGGGAGACGGGCCGGCGGUACCUUGGAGAUUAUUGGAAUUGGAAAUUCUAGUCUCGGACAGAGAAACAGGAGAUGGGAAAGCUUUGGUGCAUCCAUUGCAAACUGGUUACGUGCAUCAAGUGAUUCAAUCGAGGUUAACAGAGAGUUCGAACCCAUUGUCCGAAGUUUAUCAUAUCUUGCAUCACUUCUGCCAGUCCCUACAACUGGAAGUUCUCUAUUCUCAAACGUUGCGAUUGAUACGGGAUAGACUGGACGAUCACAUUCACGUGGACGAAUACGUGCCAGGGAAAUGUCUCUCCGUCUCUUAUUGGAGAGAACUGACGAACAAGGAUCCGCGUUCAGAAUUAGGAUACAAAUUAACUGUGCAAGUGGACCAACAUGAUCCUGCGAGGCCUCUUGCUAUUGUUCACGUUCCGUCUUUAGGCAGCAAGGAAAGCGAAAUCGCGGACAGAGCGAUCAGGUCGGAUCAAUUGUCAAUGGAGUGUUUAUUAGUUCAUACAAUAUACGUACGCACAAGGAGCAGACUAUUAGAAUUGAAACAAGAGUUACAGGGGAUGUUAAAAGACGUCGAGUGCACUCUGGCCGGUUCGCCAGCGAUACUCUCUGUUCCGAUUUUGCAACCUUGUUUAAGGGCAGAACAUUUAUUAGUUACCGUCGACACGCACACAGGAAUGUUACAGUGCCACGUUCCUCAAUACGAAGUUCCUCUGAUCCCCGAGCUAACGACUGCCUUAAACGGCGACCACUCUCGUCUUCCAGCAUUAAUAUCAGAAUUAAGGUUUUGGAUAACGCAAAGACGAUGCGAGAAGACGUUACAGCAUCUACCAGCGACUUCUCACGAGCGUUUGCCAGUGCUCCUUCACCCAGAUCACCCGAUGUCGAAGAUCAGUAGACACCGCAUGUUCGUCCAACUUCAUCGACAUCCAACAGUAAUUUUAAUAGUGGCGUUCAAAGAAAAGGAGAGCUCGCCUUGCGAGAUCGAAUGCUCGUUUUAUCUCGCCGUGGUGAAACAUAGUUCCAUAGAGGACGAUCCUCACGACGACAGCAUCGAGACAGAAAUACCAAAAAUGUAUUUGAAGGUUCAAAGCUUGAUCGAGUUCGAUACUUUCGUCAUAACCCACGGUCCCUUCACCAGCGUCGACACUGACACUCCCGAAACGAGUAACAAAAGGAAAAGCACUGGUCCAGGCGGAAGAGGAGAUACCAAUGCAACGUUGCAGAGCAGAAGAUCGAAGCAACCCGCGUACUUCAUACCAGAGCUGGCGCACGUGGUUGCACUUUGCGACGAGAGAAUACCUUUCGUAACACUGGCUCAAGAAUUGACAAGGAAAGAUAUAGCUCAUCAGGGGCUUCAAGUGGAAGCGAAUGCCACUGCGUUGGUCUUGAAAUUGGUUCAACUGCCCGCACCUUCUACAAUGAUCAGUGUUAGUGCCGCGUGGUACGCUCUUCUUAAAAGAUUACUCAGCGUCUCGAUCAGGGUCCAGGGGAAAGGUAUGGCCAAAACGUGGAUGGCCGAAUUCGUGUUCUACGGCAGCCCUUUGUCCAGCAGUCAUCCGAAAGAACAAGGAUUAAGAAGGCCUGUGUAUUUUCAAUAUGAAAUGGGAACUGCGGACACUGUCUCACGAACGGUGGACUCGUUGCUCAGCGACUGGGCUCAAAUCGUACAUCUUUACUCUAUCGUGCACGAUCUGGCAGAAUAUUUUAAGAUGGAGAAAUACAAUCUGCGCAAUAUGGUCAGCAUAAAGUCGUACAACUAUAGCAAAUUAGUCCUAACGUACGGUCCUAAUCGUGGAGCCACCGUUACCGUUCAGUGGAGCACCAACGACAAGGCGUUCAAAUUGAUUUUUGGGAAGAGUCCGACUAGUACGACGACGAACGCUCAUUCGAUCAUGAAGGAACAGCUCGAGGCUCAUCUGAAUAGACAUAGAAACUUGGCUCAACUUAUACACAUCCUUCACGAAACGCUGCAACCUCUUACAUCGAUUAACAAAUUGCCUACGAUUCCGCAACUCUGCGUUUAUAAUUCGAGACCUCAAGUACCAGUACAAACUUUCACUAUCAUGCCUCAGUGCGUGACUCUCGUUAGAAUUGCGUAUCAGGGUAUGUACUGUUUGGAGCUUCGUCUACGAGGAAGUGGCUUAGUGAGUCUGCGAGAUGGAGCGUACAGCCGCUUCGACAGAAGUUAUGUUGUCGACGAGUUUACUCCGACACAAGGCCUCAAGGCUUUCCUAUCUAAAUACGUGGACGAGAGCGCAGUCUCUCGCAGAAGAUCUCAGUCGGAAGACGACAAUCCCCCGUCUCCUGUAACGAUGGACAGUGAUACUGGCAGCGGAGGCGGAAACGUGGGCUUUUUAGGCCACCAUAGAAGUGGGCCUCAAUCACCUGCGCAACAACGAGACGGACUGAGAUUUCAUCCACCUCUUACACCACCUUCUGGUAGUAAUCCUCACACUCCAGCCAGCCCACAUACCGCUAAUAUAACACAGACAAGUCAACAUCAGAGCUUUGGCAGCAGCCCAGCUACUUCGUUUAAUCUGGCCUCACCGCCGUCUUUACCACCGAAUACACCCAAUAUGCUCCCGCAUCCUUCGCCAGGUUCUGGACUGGUCGCUAACAGUCCUUUAAAUCCGAUGCACGUUCCUAGUCCAGUCGGAUUGAUGCCGACGUCAUCACCGGGUCCGUGUAGUAACGUUCAAGUGGGACACUCCCCAGCAGGAUCGUUUAUGCAAACUGGACACAUAGACGGAAGUCCAUUUCCAUCCUCGCAGAGUAUGGCUUCUCCAGCAGCGUCCAAUUGGCCAGGAUCACCGAACGUACCCAGACCAUCGCCAGCACGCCCUGCGCAAAGUCCAGGACACGCCGCAUUGCACAGUCCUCAAGCCUCUGAUCAUAAAGCUGGAACUCAUAUCUCGAGGGUGCUUCCUCAACGUUCGUGGGCGGGCGCUGUACCAACGCUGUUGACUCACGAGGCGUUGGAACUACUUUGCUGUCCCUCGCCGCAUCCCUCCGGGCUUCCUGGACCCGAACUAUCGCCGCUUGAAAGAUUUCUAGGAUGCAUUUACAUGCGUAGACAAUUCCAGAGAUUUAUACAAACGGAAGAUUGUUUAACAGCGAUAAACAGUACAGAGCCAGGCGUUGUACAUUUCAAGGUGGAAAGUUUGCAGUGUCGAGUUGGCUUAAAUCCACAACACUUGCAAUCUCUGCACAUAAAAGUACAGCCCUUACCGGAACACAAAGAUCAAUGGACGCUCGAAGAGUUACAAAUAAUAGAAAAGUUUUUCGAUACGAGAGCAGCAGCACCGCCUUAUAAACCGAAUACUCUCUCUGGCUUUGGUAGAAUGUUAAAUGUACCGUUCAAUGUCCUCAAAGACUUUGUACAGAUCAUGAAAUUGGAACUGGUACCUAGCUUAGCGCAGCAACAGCAGCUUAAGUGGAACGUACAAUGGUGUUUGAGAAUUCCUCCAUCCAGUACUCCCAUUGUACCUACUGGCAUGGCUGCUCUAUUAGUGUGCCGAAACAAGAUUCUGUUCUUUUUACAAAUAACGAGGAUCGGGACGCAUUACCAAGGAGAAACGCCCUCGCUCGUUCUACCGUUAGUUUACGAUGUUAGUACAAAUUUAACACAGCUGGCUGAGAAAAGGGAUCCGAGCCCAGCUUCUGCGAUGGCUGCAGCUUCUUUACAAUUGAAGCGAUUCGCCGAAUACGGCGCGAAUCAGUCAGAAUGUUCCCUCUUCCCUGCCGUUAGAGAUUUAUUAGCCAAUCUGACUCUUCCUUCGGAGCCUCCAGUUAUAUCGCAGGUAGUUCCAUCGCCAGCUGGUGGACAGAUCACACCGACACAGCAAAUCCAAAGUCCUGCGAUGCAAUUGCAUUCACCCAUGGCUGGGAACCAGGGCCCUCCGCAAGCACCGUAUGGAAUUCAGGGUAUGCCUCCUAUGGGCAUAAUGGGCGGGCCACCCCAAUAGGAUAUGCUUUACUCUCCUAGCCCUCUUUGUUUGCCAAAUCAGUCGACUUGGAUCAACUGAAUUCGUAAGUCCGUUCUAUAAACGAGCAGAUCUUUUUCCUUUUCACUUCUGGGCAACUGUAGGAGAGUCGUUUUAUCGAAAGGAGAAUCUUGUAAAAAGCGAUGGUAAAUAUAACGUUCAUACAAAUUUGUACACGGAAGCAGUGUUGGAUAGUAUUAGAUUUGAGAAAGUAGACGGACCAAAUUUCAUUCGACGAUCAUUUGCUUAAAUUAUAUUUUGAUAUACGACUAUUAUUAGAUAUCAAUCGCGAGGAAACAGUAGUAUAAUUGAUUUUGUAGUACAAAUAUUUGCAAUACGUUAACUCAUGAUUUUGUGUAUC